CACAGUUACGGUUGAGCGGUCAUCCAAAUUCUAUUCUGUAACGCAACUGUUUUUGGUAGGCACCGAGAUAACAAGAGUGAGAGAGAGAGUCCGUAAAAGCCAGUUCCGGGUCGCCCGCUGUACAACUUCUUUCUUUUCUUCUCAUGAACACGUUACAAUCAGAGACCAACGAUGUUACUGCAGCUGCAGCAACUCACGGCUGUCUUGUCCAAGCUGGCAUUUUGGGCCAAUUCUACCAUGCACAAGCCGAAGACAUUUUGACUGACGACGACCUAUUGGAUUUAUUUCGCAUUGUCAAGCAAAUCUUGCGCAAAAAGCCAGAUACCGACCGUGUAGCCAAACUGUUGUUUUGCGUGUCGUAUGCAUUGGGUGAUAGCGUCAAGUUUAGCAAGGCUAUCCACGAUGAUAGGAUCGUGUUUCGCGACUGUAAUCAUCAUAUGGGUACUGUCGUGUUGCCACCAGGAACGAGUGCAACCUGUUGCAACGGCGGUGGUGUUGUAGUCAGCAACAACUCCAACAAUAAUAACAACAACAACAACCAUAACAAUGCUACGGCUCAUACUGUCAUGAGCGCCUCAAGUAACAGCAGUAGCAGUAUUUCCAGCUACCCACAGCAACAGCAACAGCAACAGCAACAAGAGGACGAUCAGUGGUCGUCUUCCACAUCCCCAUUAUCGCGCCUAUUUUCAAGUAGUGGUAUUGAUACCCCUGUCACUGAGAAUGCCUCGACCGAAUCUUUUCGAAGUUAUACCCAGUUCCCUACACCCCCAUCUCAAUCGUCAUCGUCUUCUCAACAUCACCAUCACCAUCAACCACAGCCACAACCACAGUUACAACCGACUACUCCACAGCACCAACAACCUCAGCAGCUAACACAGCAACAGCAGGAAGAUCCAAUGCAAAAGUAUCCUUAUCUGCGUACGUUGCUAAGCAACGCGUUGACAGGAAACGCAAAUGAAGUCUUGAUGGAGCCCAAACAACGCGGAUUCUAUUACCAGGAUGGCCAAAUUGCGCGUGAGCCUGCAUUGCUACAACGCUAUGCGGAACAGGGCGUAUUGACGCAAGCGUCCCUGAUGCGGAAACGGAAACGACAGUUACCCGACUUUAAUUUUCCAUACGAGCUUGCCACUUUACCCGCACCAGCAAAAAAAUCUAAAAUGCCUCAUCGGCAUGGUGAAUUUGAACAAAGACGCGACGAAAUAAUCAGCCGAAUGCGAAGCAUUACCUUGUCCGACCUAGAACAAAAAGCACAGCGUCUGACGGAUGAUUUCAGCUUAGCCAUAGAGUACGCCCCUGAAGUGACCGCGGACCCUGAUCGAACACCUGAAGAAGCUGCCGAUCUUCUAGAGCCGGCGCUCCGCAUUUUGACGAUCCACUCGAAUAUGAAGCCGCAUCUCGACAAUGGCAUGAAUCAAAAUGGUAUUUACUACAACGCCGAUUAUUUCCGUCUGUACCUAGCCUUUGAGCAGUUCCAAUCACGGUUUGCGCUCCUGUAUCCGAACGAGGUGGUCAAGCUCAACGAAGAACAGCAGCAACUCCAACAGGAACAACAGCAACAACAGCAACAGAAUGAUACCAUGAGCAACAGCAGCAUAAUAGUAGCUAACGCUGCGGAUCGCGACCGGGAACGCAAUGCCAAUAUGAAAGCCUACCGCGGCUGGGUUGAGCCAUUAUUGACCGAAACGAACUGGGCCGCAUUCCGACGCAAUAUCGUGGUAGGCGAGCGUAUGAAGCAGCUGACCCAAGUGGUCGGCCAGGGCAUGCUUUUGAUGACCAAGGAACUCAGUGGCUCCAAACUGCAUCUGACGUUUACAAACAAUGAAUGGGAGGAGUUUAUCAAUGGUCUGAGCGAGGGCAAAUGGGACCAUACCAUCAAGUGGGACAGUGAGCCGCUGGCUAUGCGCGGUAAAGAUGGCGAAUCGAUGCUCGUCACUGAGCUGCAGCGCAAGUUUGGAACACAACAUUGGUUCGGUGCGGAUGGUAAAGUCACGUCACAAGACCAACGAAGAGUGUCAUUACGGAAUAGUGCGCGUCAGUCCGUCGAUUCUCCCUCUUUGUCUGCUUCAUCGUCCUCCUCGCCGGUCGUCGAGGACAACCACCAACGGCAAAAUCAAUGAUCACAAUUGUAAUAACAGUGGUAAUAGUAAUGAUGCAAAAGUGAUGACAGAUAAGAGUGUUGUACAGAUAUUGAUAAAAGAUAUACCAGAGUUU